AGGAAUAAAUUAUAAUAUUUUUAUGUUUAUAAAUCUACAUCAAACUGAAUGUUGGUCUUCGCUUGAAAAAUGUACCAAUGUUUCCAAUCUAAAAUAAUGAUAGUGGAAAGUAAAAUUACAGUUUUGAACAAGCCACUUACAUUUACAUUGCCCAUCGAGUUUGAUGAUAACGCAUUUUCAUUUUGAAUGCGGCUCAUUCGAUUUUGUGAUAUUCCAUUCUUGCGACUCCAAACCCUGCAUCGUGCUCGACAAAUGUGUUUUGUUUUGAUUUUGCCUGCGUUGAUUUGACAUAUCGCGAUAGCAACCGCGGCGGUUCCCCUGGCGACAAGAACGGACUGUUCUCCUCGAACAUUCAACAACAUUGCACUGUUUUUACCGUUGCUUAAUUUUGUGUAGCAGGCGUGAUGUAGAAACAAUGGCGCUAGUGCAAGUUUCAAACAGGGAUGUGCUGUUUUGGAGUGAAUUUAUCGAACUCUAUCGUAAUCUUCCUAUAUUGUGGUCGUCCAAAUUGGAGAAUGGAACAAGCCGAAAACACCAUCGUGACCGUGCGCUGUACAUACUGCUUCGAAAGUAUCGGAAAAACUAUCCCGCAGCAACGGAGGGAGAUAUCAAAAAGCUGUUAAAAACGUUACGAUUUGAAUAUCGAGCCGAACUGCAGGUGGCUCUUGCACACCAAAAAGCAACAGGAAGCAACCUUGGCAGUUUCGAAUCUUCUCUGUGGUAUUUUGAUGCGUUAAGUUUUUUGCUGCCGGAAGAAAUAGACAACUUGAAGACGGAACUCCAAUUACCAGAAGAAACAUUCAACGAAUGCCCAACUACAUCAACGCACACAACCGAUAGUCUACAUAAUGCCAACACAUCGGACACGGAUAUAGUUCACUAUUGUAAAUCUCUAGCAACGGUUAUGAAACUGUUAUCACCACAGCAGCUAGUGUAUGCAAAGUAUCACAUAGAUAGUAUUUUGAAAUGCGGCGCGAUGGGUAUAUUAAAUUUUGACUGGCCGCAAAUAGAUAUAAACUCAUCCGAGCAGGCUUCCGGUGAUACUGUCGUCGAAGGUGUCAACUGCGAAUACUCAACCAACUGUUCCUCCGUUAUUAUCCCAUUCAAACGAUUCAAAGCAGCGCAGGACAGUUGUAAGAAUGUUGAAAAUGCGAUUGCUGCGACAAUGCGUGAAGCCACGUUUCAACAAAUAUCGCUUGGCGACAGUGUAGCUGUGAAUGAUUUGGCGGAAGAAUAUUUAGACGAGUAUAAGCCAAAACCAGAUGAAGUCAACGAUGACAGCUAUUCUUCGAGUGAUAGAGGCUAUGUAGCGGCGGAAGGUAAUGAAAUUGAUUCAAUUUCAAACAGUGUAACGCCGUUCGAGAUCUCCAUAGUAGACUGGGCAGAUGCAGCUGGAGUAGCCGUGACUAAACGUUCCCUUAAAUCAGUUACACAAGGAAUCGAUGUACCUGACGAAAAUGGAUGCCAAGCGGUCAACGUACAACCGGAAUUAAUACUUCGCAGGCAGUGUACGGUGCACUAUUCAAACUACACACACAACGUGGUGCCACAUUACAAUGACGAAGAAUUCCUACUAAAUUUUCGCAUGGGACGCAACACAGUGCAGAUGCUGUACAAUCAUCUAGCAGCAACAUCGGCCUAUAGGAAGUUAAGAGGUCAUGGCGGGUACGAAGCUAUUAGUCCACAAACACAUGUGUUAGCGUUUCUGUGGUUCCUUGGACACGACAAAGCAUCGUACAGAGACGUAGCGGAUCAGUUUAGCCUGUCCGUAAGCUGCCUGCACAGUGUAAUCUGCAGAGUAGCGGAUGCGAUACUUAGUAUGAAACCAACCGUGAUGGUACGCCCGAACGAGGGAAAGAAGGAAGAAUCGGCCGCCGUGUUUGCUACAAUGUGCAACAUUUCCGACGUGAUUGGAUGUGUUGGAGGUAUACAAAUUAAAAUUGACAAACCAGCAGAACAUGCAGAACGGUAUCUUCUUUGGAAAGGACACCACUCCAUACAGCUGCAAGCAAUUAUUGAUGAAAAUGUACGUUUCUUGGAUGUUUUUGUUAACUGUCCCGAUGAACCAGAACUGAUGGAAACCAUCAAAGAUAUUUGCGGUGAAAGGUACUGCUUGUUAGGGACAGCGGCAUACCCUUGCUUGUACCAGCUGCUGGUACCUUACCGUUCCGGAGGAAUACCAUUAACCGAAGCCCAGAAAACGUUUAACGAGCAACUGGAAACGAUCACCAAUAAAUGUGUCCGUAUUUUCGCGCACCUGAAGACACGUUUUCGGCAGUUAUAUCACCUGAAAGGGCGUCAUCUGUCCAGGAUAGUGAAAUUGGUUAAAGUGUGCUGCAUACUGCACAACUUAGCUUCGGCCGAGGAAAUACAAGUACUUGCAAGAAACGAGUGCGAAAACCAUCGCGAACUCGUUUUUACAUAUGAUAAUGCUAAACACCAUUCGCAAGCAGACAUCCUUCAUGGGCAGCAGCGCAGAGAUAGAAUUUGCACUGGUUGCAUGUGAGACGACAUUAGGCUUCCAAAGUUGAGCAGUUGUUUUAUAUGAGCUGAAUAAUAUAAAUCAGUUGAUGAUCUUCAAAAGCUAAACAGGAGAAUAGCGAAUACGAAUAGAGAUAUAUUGGUAUAUUGGUAUAUAGAGGUAUAUUGGUACUUGCUCUAAGCAUACAAUGCAACUGAUGUUAAUAUAAAAGCUAGGAAAAUUUAUGAAAUAACACUGCCAAAUCGAA